AUGGAGCUUCUUCAUCAACUCUUCACCGUCGUCGUCGUCGUCACCAUCACCACAUCCCUCUUCAUCUUCUUCUCGAGAUCUCGACCACUGGCCGCCAACCGCAACAAGCUAAAAAAAACCACUCCACCACUCCCUCCGUCGCCGCCGACGAAGCUGCCGCUGAUCGGCCACAUGCACCACCUCGCCACCGGCGGCAACAACGCCCUCCUACACCAAGCCCUCCGAGACCUGGCCCACAAACACGGGCCCGCGAUCAUGCACCUCCAGCUGGGCCAAGUCCAGACCAUCGUCGUCUCCUCGGCCCAAAUCGCCGAGGCCUUCCUGAAAACACACGACGUCAACUUCGCCCAGCGGCCUCCGGCGCAGUACGCCGCCGAAGCCCUCGCCUACGGGUCCACCGACAUCGUGUUCGCCCCCUACGGCGACUACUGGCGCCAGCUCCGCAAGAUCUGCACCGUCGAGCUCUUCAGCGCCAGGAUGAUCAGGUCGUUCGGUUCCAUAAGAGAGGACGAGACAUCGAAGCUUGCCGCCGCCAUAUCGGCGGCAGCGUCGUCGGGCUCCGGGGUUGACUUGAGCGCCAUGUUCUGCAAGAUGACCUACGGCGUCCUCUCCCGGGCGGCGUUCGGGGAGGCGAUGACCGGCGAAGGGAGGGAGGCGUUCUUGCCGCUGGUCGGCGAGAUCACGAGGGUGGCGACGGGGUUCAACGUGGCGGAUUUCUUCCCUUCGUUCAAGCUUCUUCAGGUUGUGACGGGCGUGGCCUCGCGGAUGAGCGCGCUUCGCCGGAACGCCGACGAGGUGCUUGACUCCAUCAUCGCCGGCCAUCGGAAGAGCGGCGGAGAAGAGGGAGAGGACGAGGAUCUCUUGAGUGUGCUUCUGAAGCAUCGGCGGGGGGAAGAGAAUCUCGGAUUCUCCUUGACAACCGAUAAUAUCAAGGCGGUGCUCGUGGACCUAUUCUUUGCUGGCACCGAGACGACGGCCACGAGUCUAGAAUGGGCCAUGUCGGAGCUAGUGAAGAACCCACGCGUGAUGCAAAAAGCCCAAUCCGAAGUAAGGCGGGCCUUCGGGCCCAACGGAAAGGUCGACGAGGCAAGGCUUUCCGAGCUAGUAUACCUAAAAAUGGUGAUACGAGAGACCAUGAGACUACACCCUCCGGCACCCAUGCUGCUCCCGAGGACCGGUGCCGAAGACUGCGAGAUCGGCGGCUACCGCGUACCGGCCGGUUACAGCGUCAUUGUGAACGCGUGGGCGAUCGGGAGGGAUCCCGAGUACUGGGCGGAUCCCGAGACGUUCUGGCCCGAGAGGUUUCUCGACGGCUCGGUCGAUUAUAAAGGGAUUCAUUUUCAGCUGAUACCGUUCGGUGCGGGGAGGAGGAUCUGUCCCGGAAUGUCGUUCGCUUUGGCGAACAUCGAGCUUCCGUUGGCGUGGUUGAUCUAUCGUUUCGACUGGAAACUUCCGUAUGACCGGAAACCCGAGUGCCUCGACAUGACCGAGGCAUUUGGUGCGGCCAUCAAGAGGAAAAACAGGCUUUUCUUGGUUCCUUGUGUCGCUUAA